AUGAGUUACAAUUCGAGUGGAAAUAAAGGUUUCGGUUUUACUGGCUUUUCUAUGCCCAAGCGAAACCCCUCGACUAUGUCUUUACAUGCAGUGCCACCCCCUUCGACUCCAAUGCAUGCUGUACCACCCCCUAGUUCGGGGCUGUCCAAACAGGGAUACUCUACUAUGAACUCAAUCACUGAAUGUGCAGUCACCGGCAAUCUUGGUACAAUAGGAAAAAAGCGAGCAAAAACUGAAGAUGAAUACUUUGAUGAGGAUGAGGAACCACCUACCCCUGCCCUUGCAUACAUUCCUGCCCCUGGAAGUCCCACUAUGGAAGCUUCCAGUUCUAGGGCAGAUGAUGAUGAAGAGGAUCCACUAGAUGCAUAUAUGGCAGGAUUAGAACAGCAAGCAGCUAAAGACUUAAAAACCAGUAAAGAAAAUGAAGUUAGUGGAAAAGGUGAUAGUGGCAGAGGCACUAGGGGUGAUAUUGAUGAUAUGGAUGAUGAAGAAAGCUAUUAUAAAUACAUGGAAGAUCAUCCUCUAACGGCACAAGAUGAUGGUUCUGAUGUGGAAAUAGAAUAUGAUGAAGAUGGCAACCCUAUACCACCCCCUAAGAAAAAGUUCAUAGAUCCAUUACCACCUAUUGACCACUCUGAGAUAGAAUAUGAGCCUUUUGAAAAGAACUUUUACACUCCACACCCGGAUAUUGAAAAGCUUGAUCAUCAGCAAGUAGAAGAGUUAAAGAAGAAUUUAGGAGUCAAAAUUUCAGGACCAGACCCCCCAAAACCGGUGAGCAGUUUUGGUCACCUUGGAUUCGAUGAACAGCUCAUGAAAGCAAUCAGACGCUCUGAGUACACUCAGCCCACACCCAUACAAGCUGCCGGUAUCCCCGCAGCUCUGUCUGGAAGAGAUAUAAUAGGUAUCGCUCGCACGGGAUCUGGUAAGACUGCAGCGUUCCUGUGGCCAUUGCUGGUCCACAUCAUGGACCAGAAGGAGUUGGCCCCGGGAGAUGGACCUAUAGGACUCAUACUAGCACCUACUAGGGAAUUGGCACAACAGAUAUACAUGGAAGCAAAGAAAUUCGGUAAAGUUUACAAUAUACGAUGCAUUUGUUGUUACGGCGGCGGUUCCAAGUGGGAACAGAGUAAAGCAUUAGAAGGCGGAGCGGAGAUAGUGGUGGGCACACCGGGCAGGGUGAUCGACAUGGUGAAGUGCAAGGCCACCAGCCUGCGCCGCGUCACCUAUCUCGUGCUGGACGAGGCCGACAGGAUGUUCGAUAUGGGCUUCGAGCCGCAGGUGCGGUCUAUCUGCGGGCACGUGCGGCCGGAGCGCCAGGCGCUGCUGUUCUCGGCCACGUUCCCGCGCCGCGUGGAGCGCCUGGCGCGCGACGCGCUGCACGACCCCGUGCGCGUGCAGCACGGCGCCGCCGGCGAGGCCUGCCGCCUGGUCACGCAGCACGUCCGAAUAUUCAACAAACCAGAAGAGAAAUGGCCGUGGUUAUUAGACAAUUUAGUAGAAUUUUUAUCAGCCGGCAGUAUCUUAAUAUUUGUUACAAAAAAGUUGGAAGCGGAACAGACGGCAGCAAACCUCGGUAUCCAGCAGUACGACGCGCUGCUGCUGCACGGGGACAUGGAACAAGCUGACAGAAACAAAGUGAUAACCGCCUUCAAACGACAAGAGAGUAAUAUAUUGGUUGCUACCGAUGUCGCUGCCCGCGGGCUCGACAUCCCGCAUAUCCGCACGGUGGUGAACUACACGGUGGCGCGCGACGUGGACACGCACACGCACCGCGUGGGCCGCACGGGGCGCGCCGGCGUCCCGGGCCGCGCCUACACGCUGCUCGCGCGGGACAAGGACCGGGACUUCGCGGGACACCUGCUGCGGAACCUCGAGGGCGCUCAGCAGGAAGUACCAGAAGAGCUGAUGCACCUGGCGAUGCAGUCCUCGUGGUUCCGCAAGUCGCGCUUCAAGAAGGGCAAGGGCAAGAACCUCAACAUCGGCGGCUGUGGAUUAGGAUACAAGGAGCGUCCCGGGCUGCCGCACAGCGAGGAGGCGCCGGCGCCGCUGCCCGAGCGCGGGCCCGCCACCAACCGCCUCGCCUCGCUCAAGCAGGCCUUCCGCUCGCAGUACAACCAGUUCACAGCGUCCACAGACCACUCGUGGGAGCAGACGCGGCCGCCGCUGCAGCCCGGCGUCAACGCGCCCGCCGCCGACCGCGACGCGGGCGAGGCCGGGGAGCGCGGGGAGGCCGGGGAGCGCGGGGAGGCCGGGGAGCGCGGAGAGCGCGUGCGCCGCGGCGGCAAGCGCAGCCGCUGGGAG